AUGGACGGUAAUCUAGCAACGACAUAUACCUUAAUUCAUGCCUUUCUAACGAAGCACUCGCAUACCAAGGCAGCACAGGCCGUCAAAAAGGCCGCGAAAGAGGUCGUUAUUCUAAAGGAUGAUAUCGAACUCGACGGCCCUCACUUGGAUGAAAUUAUAAAGCAAUGGAAAAUUACCCAAACAAAGGAGGAAUCAUUCUCAAGUUUCGACUCUGAUUCGGAUGCCAGUUCGUCUGACAGCUCGAGCUCCGGUUCCAGCGCACGCUCUUCAGAUAGCAAAAAGACGAAGCCCAAGGCCAAAGCCGCGAAGGAGUCAAAAUCCUCGUCGUCAUCGUCCUCCGAGUCAGAAUCAAAGCCUGUGGAGAAAUCAGCGAAGGCCUCACCGGAAAAGGAAUUCAAGGCACCCACUGCUACUGCGAAAAGCCCGUCGAGCAAACCUCCGCCGACUAGCUCAAGUUCUUCUGCCUCGGGUUCGGAAUCCGACGACGAAUCGAGCGAUUCUAACUCUUCCAAGAACUUGUCGAAGAAAAAGAAGCUGACGAAGAGGAAAUCGGUUAAGCCUGCAAGCACAGCGCAAAAGAAGGGCCCAGUUGAACGCGGAUCUAGUCGAACAUUGUCUUCCGGAGAUUCAUUGUCGUCGGACUCAUCUUCUGCUUCUGGUUCGGAUUCCGACUCUAAACCAGCUGCUAAAAAGGCCGGUUCGGAGAAAGAAUCGUUAGAAUCUAGCUCUUCGAGCUCUAGUGAAUCCGACUCGAGUGACGGUUCAGAGACCGACACGAACACGAAGCCAACGAAGACACAAACUGAAAAAGUUGCGGAGGCGGCCGAGAAGGACAGCAGCUCGGAAGAAUCAAGUUCAAGCUCGGACUCGGGCUCAAAUUCCAAACCUGUGGCGUCAAAGGCGGCUUCGAAAUCUCCCAGUGCCCUAAAGACAAAGAAAGAUGCUUCGAGUUCAUCCGAUAGUUCAAGCUCGGAAUCAGACACGGACUCUGACUUGCACGCAAGAAUGGACGAAGACAGCCCAUCUCUUCCCACCAAACCCGCGAAACCUGUAAAAGCUGAAGUAGAAGUUGAACGAGGGCAGCCUAUCAAGAAACGCCGGACGGCGAUUGACAGCUCUGUUGUAACGGCCACCACAACCUCUCAGGUGACGAACCCACCCCUAGCUACUGAGAAUAAACAAAAAGGUGGAAAGCCCGGUCGUCAACCUAACGAGCGGUUCAAGAGAAUUGAUGCUUCCAAGUUCCAGACGAUUGCUGACAACCGUUAUGAUGUAAAGGAUGCCCCGCUGAACGACUACGGAAAACGAGCUCAUCAGGACCUAAUCAUGGCCAGCCAUAGCUUCAAAUUCACCUGA